AUGACAUCAAUCAAUAAUAAAUCACGUUGUAUUAAAUUACAAAUUCAAUAUGGUUCAGAUCUUUAUGAACUUUUAUUAUCGAGUAAAGAUAAUAAAAUUCAAGUUGAACAGGUUUUAAAUGAAAUUGAAAAACUUACUAAAAUACCUAAAUGUCAUCAAACUCUUAUAUACAAAGGACAACGUUUAGAUCAUAAACCAAACGAAAAUCUUGAAGAUCUUUAUAUAUUUAAUAAUAGUAAAUUAAUAUUAAGUAAAACACAAAGAUCAUCUUAUGAUAAAUGCGAUUAUCUUAAUCUCUCAUCACAAAAACAACAAAACAAUACGGAUCUAAUUGGUUUUACACCUGAGCCAAAUAAGAAAUAUGAGUAA